AUGGAGUCGGCGGCGAACAUGCGAGUCCUCGCGACGCUCGUUUUUCUCUUCGCCCCUCAUCGUCAACUGCGAUUCGUCGAGGCGAUCAAUUCCGCAUUCUCGAUGGACUGGGAGAGUGGGUUCCCCGACGGCAGUCCGGGUCUGGAUCCCGCGAUGGAACCCAGUUUCAGCCUCAACACGAAUUCGAGGGUGAACGGGUGCAGCAACUCGGGCAACGAGAUCACCAGGUGCAAGUGCGGGGUGAACGGAUACUCCCCGAGGAACUGCGCGACGUACUACGGCAUAAGCUCGUUGCACUCCCACACGCUGGAGACGGUGUCGUGGGCGCGCAAGGGCGACGGGGUGCUGAAGUUUUACGCUGACGGACGCGAACUCGGUCUCGGAAGUUCCGUCCCCUCCGGGAGGUACGCCUCGUAUCGCUCCGAGCUCGGCAGCAUCCCGUAUCGAUACGACACCGGCGACGACGUGUACUUCACCUCGAGUUUUUACCUUCCCUCACAGUAUUGGGACGCGGCGACCAAGUACUCCACCGUCAUCACACAGUGGAAGAUCCUGUCUGACCCACACGGCGCUCUGCGAAUCAGCAACAUGGGAGACUACAAGCUCUAUUACCGUGGCACCUCCGGUCUUUGGACCGACGCGACGGACGAGGGAACGUUCAUCGGCACGGCCGUCCCCGACGCGUGGAACGACGUGAAGAUCUACUACCAUAAAUCGACGGGAUCCGACGGACAACUUCGCGUGUACCUCAACGGCGUCAAAGUUUUCGAACGUGCCAAUCAAAAAAACAUGAUGGGGCGGAGGAGCGACGGCAGCGGCGGGUACGUCAAGUUCGGAAUGUACACGGAGAUUCGCAACGAGCGCGUCAUCUACUUCGACGCCGUCAGCAUGUACAGCGGGUCUGGUCUUCCCUCGCAGUUCGCGACGGAAGCCGAGUGGGUGGCGGAACACCUUCACCUCCCGUCGGCUACGCUUACUUCUCCGUCAAAGAACGGCGCCGCGGUGGCAUCCGGCGCCGCCGUCACUCUCGCCGCGGACACAACCGACCCGGGCGGCGCCAAGCUGGGUGCGACGGGGCAGAUCGCCAAGGUGGAGUGGUUCGUACGCGCGUCGUCUGGUUCCGGCUCCGGCGCGUGCAAAAUCGCCGAGGACACGUCAGCACCGUUCGCCGCCACGUGGACACCCGCGGAUGACGGCGCGUACGUGAUCUUCGCCAAGGCGACGGAUGCAGACGGGAACACGGCGAACACGUCCGACGCGACUGUUUACGUUGGCGACCGACCACCCUCCGUGUCCUUGACGUCCCCGACCGCCGGUGCCGUGCUCACCGUUGGAUCGCCGACCACCGUGAGCGUCACCGCCAACGAUCCCGACGGUUCGGGUGCCGCCGUCGCGAAGGUUGAGGUUUUUGUCUUCCCCGCCGGAUCAUCCGCCACCGUGGCGACAUCCGUGGGCGUUGCCACUUCGGCAGCCUCCGGGGGGGUGUUUCAGGUGUCGUGGACGCCGUCUGCGAAGGGAGGGUACACGAUUUACGCCGUAGCCACCGACUCCGGGGGUAAGACGUCCACGUCCGCGUACGUCGGCGUCGUUCCGGGUGCCGUCUCGAGCGUCGCGAAUCUCGAAGCCACGGAUGACGCGGCCCUCAAGGGCAAGACGAGCGACCGUAAUCAGGUGAAUAACUACGGCGCCGUCGAGCUCUACACGCGGGAGCCGCACCCGACGGAGGGCGAACAGAGCAUCGUGAGCGUGUUCAAGUUCGACGCGUCGAGCCUCGCGUCCAAGGCUGAGAUCCGCGAGGCGAAGCUGAGACUGUACGUGUCCGACGCGAAACAAGCCGCCGCCGAUUUCGCCGUGUGGAGUACCUCGGGAGCGACGAGCUGGGUCGAGGAGUCGGUGACGUGGAAUAACGGACCUACGAAAAAAAAAAAACUUUCGGUGACGCGCGUGACGGCGGAAAACAGGUGGUACGAGUGGGACGUGACGAAUUACGUUGACGACGCGGUGAAGGCGGGCGUCGGGCUCGCGUCGAUGACUUUCUGGCUCGAAGGUGACGAGUGGACCGGGCAAUCGUUCGGAAUUUCCACGGAUAGCCACAAGCGAUCGAAUCAUCCGACGCUUCGCGUGACUUCAAGCGACACGCAGGUGCCCACGACGACUGCCCCCGCACCUUCGACAUCUUGCCCGUCGUCUUCCACCACCCCCGCGGGUCCUAACCCAACGCCCGCGCCCGUGCCCGCUCCGCCGCCCGCCGCGGGGGGAGGAUCCGGCGUGGUGGGAUCGAAAACGACGUCCUCGUUCACGGUCGAUCACGACGCCUCGCUGCAACAGGCAAACCCCGACGCCUUCGGCAACUGGGGCGAGGUGGAGGCGAGAGCCAAACCGAACGCCGCCAUCGUCGGUAUUUUCAAGUUUAACGCCACCACCCUGGUGCCGUCCGGUACUUCGCGUGAAGACGUGCUGGUUUCUUCCGCCAAACUACGACUGUACGUGAAGACGAAUGAACCCGGGAACAUCGCAGCGAGGUUCGCGGUGUGGAGCGUGGAGGGUUUCGCGGACUGGGACGAGACGACGGUAACGUGGAACAACGGCCCGACGAAGAAGACGAAGCUGACAACGGUGACUGUCGACGGCACCGGAAAGUGGGUGGAUUUCAACGUGACUGCGCACAUCCGCGCGCUGGUGACGGGAGAAGGAGAAACCGCCGACUUAUCCAAGGUGACUCUGUGGCUGCAGGGCGACGCGGGUGACUGGGAGAGGCUCGAAUGUCACAGCAACAGGGAAGGCAACGCCAACCCCGCGAAACUGGAGGUUGUCUCGUCUAUCCGGCCGCCGCCGCCGCUGCCGCCCCCGCCGCCGCUGCCGGAUAAAAGUCUCAUGCCUCCUCCAUAUUUGGGCACUGGCGGCACGACAAACAAUAACAACACCACCGAUACAUCCGACGCCGCGUUCUCACUCCACGGGUUCAUGCGGUCGCCGGGGAAUACCAUCGCGCUCGCUCUCGUCGUGAGCUUCUUCUGCACCCUUUUGAGCAACUAUUAA